ACUGCGGUCACACUGUCUGGUUGUUCAGUUUUGUUUUCUCUCGUCUCGCUCGUCGGCGUUUUGCUACGUUUCGUCUGCUCGGUGUUACCGCAAAUUCUUGAAACAGUUCACAACAACAAAAGUGCGAAAUUUCAAAUUUCUCCAAUACUCAAUAUACAACAAGUGCACAAGUGCCCUAGCAUAAAUGCUAAAUUAAUGUAAAAGAAAGCAAAACAAAACCAAGAAAAACAACAAAAUUAACAACAAAUCCGACUCAAGCCUCAAGUGAACUGCCCAAAGAAAUACAAAAACCCAGAGAGUGAAGCAGAGUUACUCACAUAACGGUAAUUCCAAGGGACGCAACGAAGCAGAGGCGGGCAUAUAAAGAAGAAGAAGAAGCAACAGAAGAAGAUGUCAUUUCGUGUUGUGCGCAGCUCAAAAUUUCGUCACGUCUAUGGACAGUCAUUAAAACGGGAACAAUGCUACGAUAAUAUACGCGUAUCCAAAUCCAGUUGGGACUCCACAUUCUGUGCGGUAAAUCCAAAGUUUUUGGCCAUCAUUGUGGAGUCAGCAGGUGGCGGAGCCUUCAUCGUAUUGCCACACAAUAAAGUCGGGCGCAUUGCAGCGGAUCAUCCGCUGGUGGGCGGUCACAAGGGUCCAGUGCUGGACAUCGCUUGGUGUCCGCAUAACGACAAUGUGAUUGCCUCUGGCUCGGAGGAUUGUGUGGUGAAGGUGUGGCAGAUACCAGAUGGCGGACUAUCGCGUACACUCACCGAACCCGUUGUGGAUCUGGUGUUCCAUCAGCGACGCGUCGGUCUAGUCCUGUGGCAUCCGUCAGCGCUCAAUGUGCUGCUCACAGCGGGCUCCGAUAACCAGGUCGUCAUCUGGAACGUGGGCACUGGCGAAAUUCUGGUGCACAUUGACUCCCAUCCGGACAUCGUUUAUAGCGCCUGCUUCAACUGGGACGGCUCCAAGCUGGUCACCACCUGCAAGGAUAAAAAGAUUCGCAUCUAUGAUCCACGAAGCGGCGAAUUGGAAAGCGAAGCGAUGUGCCACGAGGGCUCGAAGGCGACUCGCGCGAUCUUCUUGCGUCACGGCUUGAUCUUCACGACCGGCUUCAAUCGCAGCUCGGAGCGACAGUACUCGCUACGUGCCCCGGACGCGUUGAACGAACCGAUUGUCAUGGUCGAACUGGAUACAUCGAACGGUGUGAUGUUCCCUCUGUACGAUGCGGACACAAAUUUGAUCUAUCUGUGCGGCAAAGGAGACUCUGUGAUACGUUAUUUCGAGGUCACGCCGGAGCCGCCGUUUGUGCACUAUAUAAACACAUUUCAAACGCCCGAUCCGCAGCGUGGCAUUGGACUGAUGCCGAAGCGUGGCUGUGAUGUAACCACCUGUGAAAUAGCCAAAUUCUACAGGCUGAACAACAAUGGUCUCUGCCAGGUGAUAUCGAUGACAGUGCCACGCAAAUCAGAUCUCUUCCAGGAGGAUCUCUAUCCGGACACAUUAGCGGAAGAUGCGGCCAUCACGGCCGAGGAAUGGAUUGCGGGCAAAGACGCAGAUCCGCUAACCUUCUCGCUAAAAGAUCGCGUCUCCAUUGUACAGGGUGGCUAUGUCUCCUCCGGCAACACGACGCUCUCUGUGAGCAAGAAGGCCAACAUAUUGAACAAGGCGUCCGCAUCGAGAGGCGGCGGAGGCGGUCCGCUCUCUGGAGGCAAUCAUUCAUCCGCGAAUAACAAUGAUUCGAAUGAUGCCAAUCAAAGUGCAGCGAUAUUCUCGGAAAAGGAUCAUCGCAAUAUUUUAGAUGAGAUUCGCAAGCUGAAGGCGAUUAUUGUGAAGCAAGAGAAUCGUAUUAGAGCCUUGGAGGCGAAGGUCAAUGCAGCUGCUGGCGAUGAGACGGAUGCACGGAAUAGCAAUAAAAAUGGCAGCGGAGCAGCGGCGGCAGUGGAAAGCAGCAGCAGCAGCCAACCAGCGGCCAGCGAAAGUGCCAAUGACCACAGCACAGCAAAGGAUAAUGCGCAUGAAGAUGACUAAAAAGAAGAGAGAGAGAGAGAGAGAGAGAGAGCGAGAGCAAAAGCAGUUGGCACAAAGAGCGGAAG